UGAUUGUAUAAUUCCAGUUGGCCGAACAUAUCAAAAUUAGACUUGGAAAUGUAAAAAUGAUUUCGCUGUAAAUUUAUUUUGUUGUUUUUAUUUUAUUCUUAUUUUUUUUCUUAAAUGGGAGGGAUCUGGAAAUGUUUAAACAUCAGUCGGCGGGAAAUUUUAAAUUUGUGUUGCGGUUUCGCGUCUGGGAGAAAAGAAUUUACAUGCAAAUUGUUGAUAGUUGGCGGCGGUACCGGAGGCUGUAGCGUUGCUUGGCGACUUGCUAAGAAAUUUAAUGACAAGGAUAUCAUAGUAUUGGAACCUAACAAGGUCCACUACUACCAACCACUUUUCACGUUAGUGGGAGCCGGUUUAAAAGAGUUUAAACACAGCCAUCGACCGACGAGAUCGAUUCUACCACGAAACGUUAUAUGGUUGAAGGACGCGGCGGACGAGUUCGAUCCUUGUAACAAUGUUGUUUACACGGCCUGUGGCUAUAAAGUGAGAUACGAGCACAUGGUAGUGGCUGUGGGUUUGAAGAACGAUUACGAACAAGUUAUAGGUUUUAAGGAUGCUCUCGACAAUCCCCUACUCCCGGUGUCGACAACAUACUCGCCAGACUACUGUCAGAAGUGCUGGUGUUGUGUAAAAAGUUUUAGAGGAGGACACGCAUUAUUCACGUUUCCUAAGACGCCUGGGAAAUGUUCCGGAGCUGCUCAGAAGAUUAUGUAUCUAGCGAACGAUUACUGGAGAUUGAACAAAAUAGACUCGUUGACCAACAUCACGUACAAUACGGCGGGUAAUAUACUAUUCGGUGUAUCGAAGUACGCUGGCUCUCUUCAAAAAAUCGCAAUGAAUAAAAAUAUCACUAUCAACUAUAACUUGGAACUCAUUGAGGUGACUCCUAGAGAGGCCAUCUUCAUGGAUAGUCACGGACAAAUAAUAUACUUACCAUACAAGUUUCUUCACGUUACUCCGUCCAUGUCGCCUCCUGCAUGUCUCACCAAGUGCGAGGAGCUGGCUGUCAAAAAUUACCUCGAUGUGGACAAACACACUCUACAGCACACCCGAUAUAACAAUAUAUAUGGAGUGGGAGACUGUGUCAAUACGCCUAACAGCAAGACUGCCGCUGCUAUCAGUAAACAGAGCUACGCCGUAGCAUGUAACAUUUGGCAGACUAUGUAUGGCAAAAAACCGAGCGUCAAGUAUGAUGGUUACUGCGCUUGUCCCGUACUUACAUCCUUUAAGACCGGAAUAUUAGCUGAAUUCAUAUACGACAAAAUACCUCACGAAACCUUCCCUUUUGAUCAGAGUAAAGAGAGUCGCAUAAUUUAUUUUGUAAAUAACAAUGUGUUGCCAUAUAUAUACUGGAACAAAUUAAUUAAAGGAAAGUGGAAUGGUCCCUCGCGUAUCCGCAGAAUAAUAAAUCCAUUAAGAAGAUAAAAAAAAAUACUCAAAAUAUAAAUAUAUUUUUUUAUUAAAUAAAAGUUUGAGUAACAUUAACUUCAAUACGCUCUCGUUUUGUUCAUGCAAUGAAGAAGAGUAACGAAGGAGCUGCCCUUUAUUUUAGUUUUAAUUUUAAUAUUAAAUUUUUGUUAUUAGACAUAAUAUUAUACAGGCAAUACCAUAAAAACAAAGCAAACAACCGUCUCCUAUUUAAAUAAGUCUCAACUACAUUUACUGAUGACUUGUUUUAAACUUCUAUUGCUAUAAAUGGGUAUGUGACUAGCGAGGCCAUGUGCCAUAUAUAUUUAUAUAGAUAACUGUCAUAAAUUUGACAAAUGAUGCUUUAAACAGUGGUUAACUUAUAUAAUACACAACGUAUCCCGUCCAUAGAAUAUACUAAAAUUGUGAAAUAUGCAUGCUUCUGAAUACAAAAAUGUUCACUCGAGAUUAUUUUGCACCUUUUUAACAAGCGCAUAUUUUUAGAGACAAAUAUAUAGUGACAUUCUAUAACUCCGUUUUUGUAUUUUUUU